ACAUGAAAUUGGAAAAAUACAAAGCAUUAGCUUUACUGCUUAACAUAUUUGUGAUAUUAAUACCAUGGCACAAUUAUCUUGAUAUGAAACCUAAACUGAUUAUUGUGGUAUGCAUGCAAAGAAAAUUGACAAGUUGCACCAUGGUAUAUUUAACGUAUUAAUCAUAUACAUAAUAUUUUCCAUAAAAUUCUUGCUGCUGUGUUCCUAUUGUUGCGAUAGAGCUGCUAUCCUCCAAAAGCCCAUAUGAAUUCAAUGGGAUACCGCAACAUUAGGAAUCAAAAUAAACUCCAUAGCUAAUAGGAACAGUGUACCUAAUGCUGGUGCAAGCAAUUUAGCAGUGCACUAGCCGGAUAUAGAACAUGUCAUCUCGUCCAGUAAGAGAAUGUUGCCUUCUGGCUUAGAAGGGUUCGGUAGAAGGUUGGAUUUUUUUUACUGUUUUUGAUAUAUUAUUUUGUUCAUAAAUAACCCUCCAUUCAAUAAUAUUGGGAUGAUCAUUGUUAUGUUCGUUAUGUUGAUUGUUGUUGAUCUACGUUUUUAUACUGUACUCGGCUUCUGUUAAAAAGUGUCAUAAAAAAAAAUCACAUGAGACUCAGCGUUGGUCAUACCUAUAAAAAGCAAGUCAUUAGCCACUGCAUUCUGUGAGAUUUUGACUUUUACUGCGAGCACUGUGUUCAAAAUAGAAGAAGAAUUUUGCCAGCAUACACAGGCUAUUCGAGUUCUCCAAAUUUUAUCUCACGAAACCUACUGCAAGCCUAUCCAUAUACGGGAGAACAAAAGUUGUUUACAAAGUUCGUACAAAUUCUUAACACGCGGAAUUUGAACACCCUACGCAGAGUGCGGAACUGGAGACAAACAGCCAUGGACCGAGUGGAAUGGAGACGGCUACUAUGUACAGCAGAGGCCACCCCGGCCUUAGCCUGACCGGUAAGUAAGUAAGGUACCCCAGAUGUUAUAGAAAGAAAAUUUGAUAAAACUCCAUUAUUGAGGACUGCCUGAGUUCUAGAAUCAAGAUAUGAUUUGAUUAAGUUUACGGAGUGAUCUGAAAAAGUGAAUCGCGUUUCCAAUUUGUGGCACAGUAUGGCAUGAGAAACAGUGUCAAAAGCUUUGGAAAAAUCGAGAAGUAUUAGGACUACCGGACGGCCCCUUAUCAAGCACAAUUCCAAUAUCAUCUAUUAUUUUCAGCAUUGUUGUUUUUGUGCUAUGUUUGGAACGAUAUCCUGAUUGAAAUUGGCUGAGUAAGUUAUGACUGUUUAUGUAGUUGUUAAUAUCUGUUUUGAUCAUCUUUUCAAAUAUUUUUGAUAGCGCACAAAGAAUACUGAUUGGUCUUAAAUUUUCCAUUGAACUUGCAUUAGCUUUUUUCUUUAUUGGUAUGAUUUUGGACUUUUUCCAUGUAUCAGGAAAAACACUCGUGGUAACAAUGGAAUUGAAUAAGUGAGUUAUUGGUUCAAUAAGAAUAGGACAAAUUGCCUUUAAAAAUUCCAACGGCGCCAUAUCUAGGCCAAGAGCAUUAGAUUUUAUUGAGUUCAUGGCGUGCAAAACAUCUGUUUGAUCUAUUCUACUGAAGUAAAACGUUUCACGAUCAUAAUUCGGCAAGAACAUUUCAAAAGGGCGUAACUGCAUUUACAACCAAUGUCUUCUCACAAAGCUGUGGAGCGUAUCCCAUCCCUCUCGAGCAAUCCACUAGCACAAAUAGAAAGAUAAAAUCCUCCUCUUUCGAUUAAUGGAUAUGAAUUGCGUGAGAUGAAUGAAAUACGACCCACAGCUCUGUGAGAAGGCAUUGGUUGCAAAAGCAGUUACGCCCUUUUGAAAUGUUGGUGCCGAAUUAUUUGUGUCAUUAGAGUGCUCAAUUUCAAUAUGAUUCGUGAAGUUCUGGCAGAACAUAUUAUUGAUUUCGUCAGCGGUAAGAAUUUACGGAUUGCGUAUCAGGCCUAUUGAGUCCUAUCUUUUUAACAUUCUUCCAUAAUUCCCUGCUAGAAAGAUUUGCAUUAAGCCUAGAUGAAAAGUAAUUCUGUUUAGUGGAACGUAUCAGACAAUUAACACUGUUUCGUGCCCUUUUGAAGGCUUGGAAAUCAUUGGCAUUCUUCAUUUCCAUUUUUUGUAUAACAAAUCGCGAUUCACAAUAGAUCUACCAACUUCAGCGUUAAACCAUGGAUUUGAUUUUCUGUUGGAACAAAUUGAGCGUAUAGGGACGUACGUGUUGUGAAAAUCUGUUAACAGUGGGUUAAGAAACUCCAACUGUUGAUUGGGAUCGUUUGAACUAUAAAAAGUCAUCCAAUUUGCAGAGUAGAACGCAUUUACAAGUGGAUCAACAUCAAUGGAAUUAUAAUCACGAUAUUCAAUUUUAACUGGACGCGUUUUCCUAUCAAAGUCGAGAGCUGCAAAAACCAGAUCGUGGUUCGACAGAACAGGAACUUCUAUUUGACUGAAUCUCAAUAUUUUAGAUACAUCGUUAGUCAAUAAUAAAUCUAACUGCGAUGCUCCAUUUCUGUGAAAAAAGUUGGUUCGCUUCCUAAGCAUGUGAUUGAAUGAGUAGAUAGUAUACCACGGAACCUAUCUGAUUUUGGUGAGCUAACUAACAUAUUUGUAUUAAAAUCACCUAAAAAGUAGACGUAAUUGUAUUUCCUACCAUAUUCUGACAGCAGGUGUUCUAGAGAUUCGGUGCAAUCAAUUUCAGGUGGGUUGUAAAAAGCAGUCAAUAAAAGUUUAUCAUUCUGUUGAAUUAUUUCAACGGAUAUAGGGUAAUUUUUGGCUUCGGCAGUGUGUGACUAUUUUCGGCAACGCCGAAUAAUUCUGCUCUAUUUUGCAUUUACCAACUUGUUCCAUAUAUAUUUCAUACACAAUAAAAUUGCUUAGAAUUUUAGCUUUUUAUUAAUAACAGCCUUUUGUAAAAUAAUCCAUUGCAUUCGGAGUUUUCGACGGAUAAAAGAAAACGUCUCAAAAUUCACGACAUUUUUGGACUGCCGAAGAACACAUCACUGAAAAAGCUAAAAUCAACUCACCGUUUUGGAUCAGGUCGUUUAUUUCAAUGCACUUUAAAUAUACUUUUCUUUUCCGCUCAAACCACUCACGCAACUUAAAAGCACUAAAAGAGCACAACAAAUUACAAAAACACUAGUUAAAUCUUAUUUUAAAACAUAAUUAGCAAUUUUGUACUUUCGUUUUCUUCGGCAACUGCUUUUCUGGAGUAAACAUGGUUGCCAAAAAGGUCAAAACAACACUUCAGAAACAUUGAUCGAACAUUCAACUCAAGGUUAAUCUCCAUCAAAAUUUGUCAACAUAGUUGCUUAAGUGGUAGAGAAAUGUUGGCUAUAAUAUUUUUGAAAAAUCUAGACAUUUAUCUUUAAAUAACUCGUACUUGGCAUAGGUUAAACCCCAUUUCACAAAAAAUAUAUUUAUUUUACCUUUUAAGUACAUAUGGCAACACUGAUGAUAUUCUGUGAGUAAAAUACAGGACGAAAAUGUGUUAGUGGCAGCCGAGAAAAUGUUAUUGUUUAGUUUUUUAAGGGGCCAACCUCAGAUUAACAACGAUGAUCAAAACAUUCAUUCAAGCCAGGUGUUCUUACAUUCGCAAUUAUCAUUAAGUAUUGGUGGCUGCACCAUGAUUACAUUCACCCAGGCUCCGUAAGUUUCCUGUGGAAACGCUGACGUCAUUAUUAUUAUUUACAAGUUGUUUGUGACUAAUACAUGCGCAUUUGUUGAUUUGCUACACCCUCCAUUUACCAACAAGUGAAAACGUCAAAACAAAUACCGAACGUUUCGCGAGUGAAAAUUGGAUUUCUUCGAUUAAAUUUCUGUGAAAUUGUAUAACCAUUUGCGAUUCGCUGACGUCAUGUUGCCGGAAUAUCCCAUCCCGUUGGAUCUGUCCACCCGGAACCAGGAUAACCAAAUCGGUAAGUUCAUAAAUUACAAAAAAAAAGUUGAUAGCAUUUGAAGCCAGUUAGCUGUCGUCAGGUCCUGUUGCAACUCUACCAUGCCCACCAGUGCCAUAAAACCACUAAUAACAUUUUAACGCCUAAUGAAUGCGUUUUUUCUCUUACAGAUCUUCCACAGGUUCCUCACGUUCCCGAUGGACCAGUUAAUAAAAGACAAUCAAAAGUCUCCGUGCGUCAAAAAACUAAAGAUUACGAAGAAGGUAAACUAAACGAAUCGGUAUCGUAUGUGCAAAAAGGUGCCAUGACCACGAAUUUUGCUGCAAAACACUUCGGCGUUCCACGCACCACACUGCAAUACCGUCUCAGCACAAAGUGCAAGAACAAGGGUACGACGGGCCCGUACCCAGUGUUUACAACAACGGAGGAACAAGAUAUUGUUUCAUGGUUGCUGACAAUGGAACGGAGGGGCUUUCCAGCAACUUAUUUUGCACUGAAAUACAAAAUUUCGGCAUUCCUGGCGGCACAUCCACGAAAAACCCCCUUCAAAGACAAUGUACCAGGAUCGGGCUGGUUCCGAGGUUUUUUGAAACGCCAUCCUCAAUUGACAAUCAGGACGCCUGAACCAGUAACUUCGGCCAGCGCAAAAGUCUCUGAGAAAAAUAUCCGCGAAUGGUUUCAUACCGUGAAGCAAUACCUGAUCGAUCACGGCUUGAUUGAUAUACUUCUGGAUCCUUCACGAGUAUAUAACGGUGACGAAUCAGGAUUCAGUUUGAACCCUACUUCGAAAAGCGUCAUUGCUACAACUGGGGCAAGGAAUGUUCCGAUUGUCGAAACGGGCAACAGCAAAAAGAACAUAACUGUAAUGUUCACAUUCGGUGCUGAUGGCAGCGUUGUCCCACCAGAUGUCAUUCUUGCACAAAAAAGAUUGAGUAAGGAAACUGUUCAAUCUUUUCAAUCAAAUUGGGGAAUCGGACAAUCUGAAAAUGGAUGGAUGGACACCAAGAAUUUUGUGAAAUACGUUACCAAAAUCUUGUUUCCCUUUUUAAUUAAGAGAGGAGUCAAGUUUCCAGUAAUAUUUUUCGUUGAUGGACACAAGUCGCACAUGGCUAUUGAGUCGGCGGAUGCUUGUAAGCGUCUUGGUAUUAUUUUGAUUGCUCUCAUACCCAAUGCCACAAGAAUCCUUCAACCAGCCGAUGUUGGCGUUUUUAAGCCACUGAAGACCAGAUGGUUUCAGGUUGUCCAAAAUUGGAAACUGAAUCAUAAAUUCGCAGAAGUCACCGUGAAGGACUUUGGGACGUUGCUGGAAAGUGCCAUGAAAUUGGCACUCACAACAAGCACUAUCAUCACUGCAUUUGCUGCGUGCGGGCUGUAUCCGUUCAAUCCUGACGCGGUCGAUUACACGAAAUGCAUCGCCGAGAGCUAUCAGGACAGUUAUGACGCUUCAGGACCAUCAGAUACAAUUCCGAAUGGUGUCGUUGCUGAAGAGCCACCAAAAGCCGAUCUCGUGGUUCCGUACGGCAUAGUGGUGGAGGCUUUGGAUAUGCUGGGACCGGAGAAAGUACGAUUGUAUUCUGAUGAAAAUUCUGAGAAUCUGUCCCACGAAGAUCGAGUGCUUUCGUUCGUUUAUAAAAAUAUCCUCCGUUGCUCAAAUAAUGGAUCAGCAGCUUCAGACGCUGAAAUGACGGUGGAUAGUCUGAUGUUGGACGAAGGCUGUUCCGGCGAUGAGCUUCGGCAAAACACGUCAGGGUACGAAGUAACGGAACAAGAUGAAGAUAAUUUGUUGGGGACCGGAAUAAUCAACAACCAGAUCAUCAACGCACAGCAGCUUAACAUAGAGUUUACUACAUCGCCUGAUCUCACCGGAAAAACAGAAAGUCACAUCUCUACGCCGGAAGCUCCAAGAUUGGCGGAUUUCUUGGAUGCACCAGAUGUCCUUAAGCGAAGCUCGAAGCACGUAAACUAUCAGAUGCAAUCGCAUGCAGUAUUGACUGCCGAUGAACGAUUGCAGGCUAUCAUUCUCAAAGAAAACCAGCGAGACGAAGCCGAAAGAUUGAAGAAAGAAAAGGCGGAGCAAAGGGCCUUGCAGAAGGCUAAGUUGGAGGAACAGAAAAACGCUAAACGAGAGCUAAAAUUGAAACGGAAAGCGGAGAAAGAAGUCGAAAUGCAGAAGAAAAUGGAUGAAAAGAAAAGAAAAGCUGAGAUUAAACAAAGAAAGCAACUCGAGAAUGAGGCGAAAAACUUUAAAAUGCGAAAGCCGUCAUUGAAAAUUUAAAUGCAGAGUGGAUAAGGAACGAAGUAGCAGAAAAAGCUGAAAUUAAAGAAAGAAACUUGAAUGAAGAAUAAAGAAAAGUUUAACCUGCUUAAUACACUAUCACACCUUAAGCUAGCUUAACGGGGGUGUUACUUUUUCUUUAAGUCAUAUCCGUCAGGAUCAGGUAUGUUAAGUUUCAAGCAUUAAAUAUAACAUAAAGAUGAAAACCGUUUAAAUCAGAGACUUUUAUUGUGUACUUAUGAAGAAUGAUUCAGUGCUGUUGCAUUGAUACUUAUUGCAUAGACGAACAGAUGUCUUCCCAAUAGUUCAUUACGCAACGCAAAUCAGUGCUGUAAUAAUCCAUUACAGCACUGCUAAUUUGGUGUGGGAAAGUAGGCCUUUUCCUGGCAGAUUUGCGUGACGUAAAACAGCCUAUUACGAUAAGAAAUUGCAAGAAACAUUUUUUUUGCAAUUUCUCAUCGUAAUAGACUGUCUUACCUAACGCAAAUCGGUCAGGAAAAUGCCUACUUUCCCGCACCAAAUUAGCAGUGCUGUAAUAGUUCAUUACAGCACCAAUUUGCGUUGCGUAAUGAAUCAUUACAGCACUGUUUUCAGUUUUAAUCAACUUCUAGAUGCUUUCUGGACGCAGUUUUGAAAAAUUGUGACGACUGCUCAGAAUAACCUGCAAUGAUCAGACAUUCUUGAACAUG